GAACAACAUUAACAUCAUAUCUUUCAGAGCAUGUGCACUUGGUAUAUACCUGUUCAGUUCUUUCUCUUGGAACUUUCCAUCAUGGUUGUAAAAAUACCCGAAUCAGAUUGUGUCAAUCACUUCAAACCAAAGGUUGUUGUAACACGCAAUAAAUACUUUGAUCUUAAUAUCAAUGAGCGUUACCCAUUCAAACCUGGAUUUGCCAUGGCGCCAUUUUCUUCAGUUGGAGAGCCUUGGCCUUUACCUAAGCAUUUCAAACAGAACGGGAUGGAACUCUUACAAUUACAGAAAUCUACUUUUAAAAUCUCGGUGCUCAGGGGGAAAUCAUGUGAUAUUUUAAUGGAAGCAGUUAAACGAUACAGGAAUAUAAUAGACGAAUAUAUUACUGAGGAGCAUUACAACUUCCCAUUUAAUUUUAACGAGGAAACUUUCAACGACCGUAAAAGCUACAUAGAACAGAAAUAUAAGAGUGUUAGAAUGAUGCCAGACCUAGAAGUUACUGUGAUAAAUGACCAUUGUGGUUACCCACAUAUAAAUAUGAACGAAUCAUACAACCUUGACGUCCGUCGAGAUGUGGUCAAGCUUUCUGCACAAGAAGUAUGGGGAGCUCUUCGAGGUCUUGAGACUUUUAGCCAGUUAUUGUUCCGGAAACAAGACACCGAGGAAGUGUAUGCGAAGGUAACGGAGAUAACAGACUCGCCUAGAUUCCCUCACAGAGGUGUCAUGAUUGAUACAGCUAGACAUUAUAUUUAUAAAGAUACAAUAAAACAAGUCCUGGAUGGAAUGGCAUAUAACAAACUCAAUGUUUUACACUGGCAUAUUGUUGAUGAUAACUCGUUCCCGUACAAGAGUGAAGUAUUUCCUAAACUCAGUGAAAAGGCUGCUUUUCAUCCUACCCUGGUUUAUACACUGUCUGAUAUCAGAGAUAUAGUAGAGUACGCCAGAUAUCGCGGAAUAAGAAUUAUACCGGAAUUUGAUACACCAGGACAUUCGUUUGCUUGGUUCGCAUAUCCGGAAAUAGUAAGCAAUUGUUAUCAAGGGAACGACGACUUAGGGCCACUAGGACCAAUCAAUCCGGCUCAAAAUAAAACUUACGAAUUCAUGGGGAAGCUAUUUAGUGAGAUAUUCGACAUUUUCCCCGAAGAAUUCGUGCAUUUAGGUGCAGAUGAGGUCACAACCCUAUGUUGGGGUACAAACCCUGGUAUCAAGUCGUACAUGCAAAAAUACGCCGGAAUACAUGUAGAAACGUCACAUAACAAGUUCAUCGGCCGAACAUUGGGCUACUAUUUUGAGCGAUUGAUACCAACUCUACAUGCUACAGCGAAAGAAAAGAAGCAGGAAAAGACAUUUAUUCUGUGGGAAGACAUUAUCCUUAACAACAAUCAAGUGCCGCCAAAUUCAGUAUUGCAAAUAUGGACAGGAGAUGUGAAGUCUGUGAAUAAUCACGGUUAUCGUGUGAUAUUCUCAAAGUGCUGGUAUUUGGACAAACAUAAAGAUUUUCACUGGUUUGAUAUGUAUAGCUGUGAUCCGUCCCCUUACACUACAGAGGAAGAGAAGGACAAGGUACUGGGAGGAGAGGUUUGUAUGUGGACAGAAUUUGUCUCCUCUGAUUCCGUAAUGACUACCUUAUGGCCACGUUCGUGUCUGCCUGCAGAGCGUUUAUGGAGUCCGAGGGAAACGACGGACGAAAAUAGUGCCGCGUCACGUUUACAAGAACAAAGAUGUCGCAUGAUUUUUCGUGGACUACCAACAGGACAAAUAUCAGGGCCCGAUUAUUGUUUGCGACACAAAGACAGGCCUUUAGAGAACAGGGCUCAACGUUCGGUUCAAGAAGAUACUACACGGUCUUGGCGUUUAAAUACUAACGUAAAAGAAGACAAGAAAAUAGGAAAGUCCAUUAUCACCCAUCACAACUAUUUACAAUAUGUGUCGCUGUCCAUAUGUGUGCUCGGUAUGUUAACAUUGAUGUUUGCGAAGAGAAGAAUUGCCAAGAAGAAUGUGUUCAGUUAUAUUUAUCACUGAGAAUUACAAAAAUUAAACCCCGGGUAUAUGUAAAUAACAUACUUUUAUCAAUAAUCAACAUUUACUAGUGUCAUUUACAUGUAUUAAACGGUGGAUGCAAAA